AUGAAAUCCUGCCUUCCUUACUUCCUUGGUUCUUUGUUCUUUCUAUCUCUGCUUAUUCUAGCCUUCCACCCUACCGCCCUUCCUUCGUUCCUCCCUCCCUCCCUCCCUCCCUCCCGUCCUUCCUUCCUUCCGUGUUCCUUUGUUCUUUCUAUCUCUGCUGAUUCUAGCCUUCCAUCUCACCUUUCUACUUUCCUCCCUUCUUUCUUUCCUUCUUCGUUCCUUUGUUCAAUUUUUUUUUUAUCUCUGAUUGUUCUAACCAGCCUUCUCUCUUUCCACACAUCCUUCUUGGUUCUUUCUCUCUCUGCUUAUUCUAGCCUAAACGCUUUCAUUCCUUCCUCUGUUGUUCCUUUGUUCUUUCUAUCUCUGCUUAUUUUAGCCUUAAUUCCUUCCUACCUACUUUCUUUUCUUCCUUCUUUCCUUCCUUCCUUCUUUGGUCUUUCUAUCUCUUCUUAUUCUAGCCUUCCUUCCAUCAUUCCUUCCUUCCUUACUUCCGUUCUUGCUUCUUUGCUUUCUUCCUUCUUUCAUUGUUUCUUUGUUCUUUCUAUCUCUGCUAGACUUUCUUUAUUUUCUUCCUUCCUUCCUUGCAUCGUUGUUCUUUUGCCCUUUCUAUCUCUUUUGUUUGUUUUUUAUCUCUGCUUAUUCUUUCCUUCCUUCCUUGUUCCUUUGUUCUUUCUAUCUCUGCUUAUUCCAGCCAUCCUUCCUUCGUUCGCUCUUUUCUUGUUCCUUUUGUUCUUUCUAUCUCUCCUUAUUCUGGCCUUUCUUCCUUCAUUCCUUCCUUUGUUUCUUGAUACUUUGUUCUUUCUAUCUCUACUCAUGGUAGCCUUCCUUUAUUCCUUCUUUUCUUUCUUUCUUUCUUUCUUCUUUCCUUCCUUCCUUUUGUUCUUUCUAUCUCUGCUUGUUCCUCCCUUCCUUCCUUCCUUUUGUUCUUUCUAUCUCUGCUUGUUCCUUCCUUCCUUCCUUCCUUCCUUCCUUUUGUUCUUUCUAUCUCUGCUUGUUCCUUCCUUCCUUCCUUCCUUUUGUUCUUUCUAUCUCUGCUUGUUCCUUCCUUCCUUCCUUCCUUUUGUUCUUUCUAUCUCUGCUUGUUCCUUCCUUCCUUCCUUUUGUUCUUUCUAUCUCUGCUUGUUCCUUCCUUCCUUCCUUCCUUCCUUUUGUUCUUUCUAUCUCUGCUUGUUCCUUCCUUCCUUCCUUCCUUCCUUCCUUUUGUUCUUUCUAUCUCUGCUUGUUCCUUCCUUCCUUCCUUCCUUCCUUUUGUUCUUUCUAUCUCUGCUUGUUCCUUCCUUCCUUCCUUCCUUCCUUUUGUUCUUUCUAUCUCUGCUUGUUCCUUCCUUCCUUCCUUCCUUUUGUUCUUUCUAUCUCUGCUUGUUCCUUCCUUCCUUCCUUCCUUUUGUUCUUUCUAUCUCUGCUUGUUCCUUCCUUCCUUCCUUCCUUCUUUUUGUUAUUUCUAUCUCUGCUUGUUCCUUCCUUCCUUUUGUUCUUUCUAUCUCUGCUUGUUCCUUCCUUCCUUCCUUCCUUUUGUUCUUUCUAUCUCUGCUUGUUCCUUCCUUCUUUCCUUCCUUCCUUCCUUUUGUUAUUUCUAUCUCUGCUUGUUCCUUCCUUCCUUCCUUCCUUUUGUUCUUUCUAUCUCUGCUUGUUCCUUCCUUCCUUCCUUUUGUUAUUUCUAUCUCUGCUUGUUCCUUCCUUCCUUUUCUUCUUUCUAUCUCUGCUUGUUCCUUCCUUCCUUCCUUCCUUCCUUCCUUCCUUCCUUCCUUCCUUCCUUCCUUUUUUGUUCUUUCUAUCUCUGCUUGUUCUAGCCUUCCACCCUACAUUCAUUCCUUCUUUUCUUUUCUUUCUAUAUCAACUUUCUGUUUCUUUCUUUUUUUUUAA